AAAUUAUACUAAGUUUUCUGGAUAUUAAAAAUUAUAGAGAUGUCGAAGUCUUCUUCAGGGAGAAUAACUUCAGCACUGCGAAAUCUUCAAACUGGGCGGGAGUUUAAAGUGCCCAAGAAAGUGUCCAGAAAGAGAUCCUCUCGCGAUGUCACGGAAGUUCCUCCUCAGAAGAAAUCCCUCUCAGAUGAUUGGCUGCAAACUUUUGCUCCUAAGAAGGCAGAAGAUCUUGCAGUUCAUGCAAAUAAAAUUCAGGAAGUGGCAAAAUGGUUAGAAAUUUCUGAGGAGAAUUUCUCCAAGAAGCCCAAUCCUAUCCUUCUCCUCACGGGACCGGCAGGAUGUGGAAAAACAGCCACAGUCGUAGCUCUGGCGGCGGAGAAGGAUUACAAUUUGGUGGAAUGGGUUACUCCGAUUGAUACUUUCAGGCAGUACAGAGACGCCGAUGAGGAGGGCAUUGAAAUUGAGGAGUCCAAGUCGGAAAAGUUCAGGCAAUUCCUCUUCCAAGCCUCACGGUUUAAGUCUCUGUUUAGAAAGUCCAAUAAAAGACUUCUUGUAGUUGAGGACUUUCCCAAUUUCCUCCUCAGAGAUCCUCAGGCAUUCUCCAGUAUUCUUGACACCUGGCAAAUCUCCGGUAGGUGCCCCUUGAUUUUUAUUGUGACUGAAACCAAGAGCAAGCAGCUCAAUAUCUCCUUCAAUCUCUUCCCGGAUUCUCUGAGGAGUGAAUAUAAAAUCUCCCACAUCAGCUUCAAUCCAAUUUCCCUGACUCUGAUGAAAAAAGCCCUUCAGAGGAUCACAAGUGCUCUCAAAGAAGAGCCAUACAGUCAAGUCUACAAACAGCCCGCUCAAGAGGUCGUCGACAGUGUAAUUUCCUCCGCGAUGGGAGACAUCAGGAAUGCAAUUCUGAAUCUCCAAUUUGUCUCACAAAAGGAUGCCAUUUUAACGAUCGACAUUGAACGCAUGGAAGGUCAGAAGAAGGGAAAGGGAAAGACAUUAGCGAAACUAAAGACUGUUGGACGAGAUGAGACAAUCACUCUGAUGCAUGCUCUCGGAAGAGUCUUCAACCCAAAAUGUAAUGAGGAUCUCCGGUUAAAGCACGCUCCUGAGCAACUUUCUGAUGAUUUCGAGACGCAACCGCACAAUUUCAUUGCCUUCCUCCACGCCAACUACAUCCAGCACGUCAGCAACCUGGAAGACUGUGCUGACAUUGCGGAAAAUCUCAGUUUCAGUGAGUUCCUGAGCAGAGAAUGGCGGAGCGAUGAGAUGCCGGUAACUGCGCUGAUUGUAGCAACAAGGGGCACAAUGGUUCACAAUUCCCAGCCAGUUUCCGCUUGGAUUCCCUGUAAAGGACCCCGGAAACUCACCCAAACUUGCAGUCAUGAACAGCACGAAAUGGUUUUCAAUUUGGGCUACGAGGGCUUCCAUUCAAUGGCAACAGCUGCAUCAGACUUGAUUCAGUACGCAACAUUAAUCAAUAAGCAAAAAAAACAUCAAUGAAUUGUGAUGAAACAUGAGGAUUGUUUAUUUUUCUUUUAAUUUAUUUAUGGGGAUGAAUCCUUACAUAGAAACGUUGAUUUUGGUAUACAUUAAUGGCAAUGAUUUCAUUUUCUUCUAUUGCGUAAAUUAAUAUCAAUUAUAAUUAUCAAUAGCCACAAAAAAUCACUAAACUUAUUGGUAAUCAUACAAAUAUUGCCUUCUAAUUCAAAACAAACUGACUCUUAAUUCUCAGAUUAAAAUUAAAUAUAAAAAAAAUCAUAUUUACAACAAAGCCUAUACAACUAAUUAUGUCUAAAUAUCUUUCAUUUCUUUUCUUCAAACUUAGUUACAAUUAUUGUAGAUGAAAUCUCUUGAAGAGUAUAAAUUUGUAUGAUAGUUUUCAUGGUUCGUUUUGGGAUAGUUUCUGUUUUAUUAGUUUUACGCGUGUGCGCUUUCCAUUUUAAAGAGUUUAUAUGCGAAAUCUGUUCUACAUUAAUUUUCUUUUUUUAUUUUUUUUUUACGACAAUAAUAAUUGUGACACUUGGACUAUGGAA